AUGUCGCCUUCCCCAAUUCGUUGUCGAGGGCCAUGGAAGAUACACAAGCGUUCUUCGGAGCCGGACAGGUGGCUGGACGAAAUGGGAUUUUUUCGUAAACAUACAGCUAGGGAUUCUAGCUGCCUGUUCCGCGCCGUUUCUGAGAACAUCUAUAAUACUCAGCGAUAUUUCCAUAAAGUCCGUCUGGACUGCGUUAAAUUCAUGGCUACCAAGAAGCAUCUCUUCGAAGGGUCAUUGACUUGUCCGUUUGAAAAUUAUCUCAAAGAGAUGUCAAACCCAUCUGAAUGGGGCGGUCUAAUUGAAAUAACGGCCAUGAGCCAUCUCUAUAGACGAGACUUUGUUAUUUUUGAAGCUAACAAGGGUCCGCAAACAAAAAUAUGCAAUGGUUACGGAGACCCUUUAUACCUGUUCUAUUCUCCCGAUACUAAACACUUUGAUGUGGUAUAUACUAAAGAUUUUAUUAACACAUCUUCUUUUUGCCAAUCCUUAGUAUAUGAAAUUCUAUACGAUGGUGUGUAUCAGCUCAAAGACCUCUCUUAUGCUGUGGACAAAAUGCUCCACGAUAAAGUGCCUACGAACCAUAUUGAAUACUUUAUGUCGGAGAACGUAGAGCGCCGCAAAAAGCAGAAAGAACGAGCAAAGAUAUUUAUCGAAGCUGCAGACGACGAUAAAGAUAAAAAUAACAAUGCAUUGGCUUUGAAAUGUAAGCACCAUACCGAGGACUUGGAACGGGCAAGCUUGCUCAAAGAGUCACUGAGCAUUUUUGUCUUCAAUAGAAGCCUGAUACAGUUAGAGAACGUAUGCAUGAACUGUUUAAACGUGAACAGUGCCAAGGACUUGUUAGAUAAUGGCAUUACCCCAUUUCCAUACAAAGUGGCCAAAGCUCUAGAUCCAGAUAUAUACAGGAAUAUUGAAUUUGAUGUGUGGAGUGAACUAAGACGAGAAAUGCGUUACGGCGCUAGAUAUUCCGAUGGGAUGACGCUCCAAGUGGGAGUGAAGUGUUUGUGUAAGCUGCAGCCUGAGCAAACCGUCCCCUACCAUUGCCACAUUCAGGAGAUGAGCCCUGAAGGCGGGCCCUGUCUCGUUUUCAUUGAAGAACUGGGAGAGAAACGUAUAGUGAACUAUGAGCAGUUGGAACCUCUGCCGUUAGAUGAAAUACGGCCCUGGGCGCCGCCGUACCGAUAUUCUCGUGCUCAUUCUCAGUUCCUGACUCUCAGUCAAAUGUUGCAGCAAAUAGGCAAUAUCACGAGAAAACAAAGUCUGAGCAAGGCACGGAAAGCAAGAGGUGCCACAGAAGAUAAAACUCCUGAGAAAGUGCUCAAACCGAAAGUGUCUUCUUGGACGGAGGAAACUGAUCUCUCAUAUCAAAACAACGAUUACACCUAUCAACAUUUGGAUUUUCUUAACUUUGAACCGAUGCCUGUUGAAGUUGAAGCUCUUCCCCUGAUGGUGGACUGUCGUCCAGGAGCGGGUGCUCCGCCCCACGAGCUUACUCACACGCAGCCUAACGGAGGCGCACCUAACGAUAAUCACCACAACCAGCAGGCUGGUGGUAGUGGUGACAUGGGUGGCCACGGCAUCGCGUCUCCAGCUUCAGUACGCUCUUCCACGCCGGCCUCCACUAAUACGCUGACUACAUAUACCAACGCGAUGCACGGCGGGGGCGGCUACGCAGCGGCCGGGCCGUACGUGAAGUCCGUGGUGUGGUGCGGGGGCGGCGGCGGGGGCGUGGGGCCGGUGGGGGGCGGCGCGCUGGGCCCGCCCCCGCUGGCGCCGCUCGCGCCCGCGCCGCACGUGCCGCCGCCGCCGCUCGGCGUCAACCCGCACGUCUUCAAGAGCAUACAGGCCAACGGCGCCGACCUGCCUCUCCACGAUAUCCCCACACUCCGCUACUACUUCAAUUUGGGUGUGGAGUGCAUGUGGGCAGCGUACGGUCCGCCGGUCCCUCCUCACCAACCUGCGCGGCACUAUUCACCACGAGAUCUCACACAGGACAUGCAGCAGAUCUCCCUCCACGAGCGUCCUGUGAUGGCCCAUGGGGAGCAAAAUCAUAAAAACAAGCAGGGCCAACAGAAUGACAAGCCACAAAUAAACAACCAAGGCAAGGGAAAUGGCCAACGCCCUCUUUUGGGCCCAAGGUUUAAGCGCGGUGGCAACAACCAGGACGGCAACCAAAAUUCAAACCAGAACAAGCAUUCGUCUAAUGUAGGCGGCAAAGGCCCCAACAACCGGCGCAACUCGCACACAGACGGUCGCAACAGUGGCCCCCACAUGGGCUACAAUAGUGGAGGGGGCGAGGGGGAAUGUGUGAUGGAACAGCCGUUAAUCACAAUGCCCUACAUCUAUCCUCCACCAAUGUACCCCAUACAGUACUACCCGGUGGAGACCGACCCAGCUAUGAUGGGCAUGAUGAGUGGCAUGGGCUACGUGGGCUACGAGGAGGCGGUGGAUUUCGGCAUGCAGCCGUACUAUCCCCCCCACCCGCCGCACUACCCACCACCGCACCCGCCGCCACCACACCCCCACCACAUCGAGCACAAGUAA